AGAGUUUAAAGAACGCUGUUCUCAAUGUGAUGCUGUCUCUUGGGGUCUUACUGAUGAAGGCAAAUAUUAUUGCACUUCUUGUCACAAUGUUACAGAAAGAUCUAAGGAAGUCAUAAACACUGAUGCUAUUCCUAAUGCCAAGAUAAAAACCAUCAACAGGGGGCUUAAAAGAAAAAGAAAGCAUGAAAAAGGCUGGGAUUGGUAUGUGUGUGAAGGUUUUCAGUACAUACUUUACCAACAAGCAGAAGCCCUAAAGGCUCUUGGAGUGGGCCCUGAGUUAAAGAAUGAAGUUUUACAUAAUUUUUGGAAGCGCUACCUUCAGAAGAGCAAGCAGGCAUAUUGUAAAAACCCAAUAUAUACCAGUGGAAGGAAAACUAAGAUUUUGGAAGAUGACCUAAGUCAGUCGGACUGGGCUAGUGAGCCUGAGCUGCUGAGUGAUGUUAGCCAUCUGUCUUUUGUUGAAAGUGGAGCAGAGUCUCAGCCUGAUGCCCAAACUCAAAAGCCUUUCCCCAUCACCAAAGCAUCACAACCAGAAUCAGCAUCUAUCUGUUCUGGAUCUCUUGAUGGAGUUGAAUAUUCAGAACGAAAGGAAAAAGGAGUUGUGAAGAUGACUGUGCCGAGGACACUUGCUUUCUGCUAUCUGUCCUUACUUUGGCAGAGAGAAACAAUUACUCUUUCUGAUCUUUUGAGAUUUGUUGAAGAGGGCCAUAUUCCCUACAUAAAUGCAUUCCAGCAUUUUCCAGAAGAGAUGAAAUUAUAUGGGCGUGACAAAGGAAUUUUUGCUAUAGAGUCUUGGCCUGACUAUGAGGAUAUCUAUAAAAACGUGAUUGAAGUUGCCACAUUUUUAGAUUUGCCUCGUUUUCCAGACAUAACUGAAGCCUGCUACCUUCAUCCCAAUGUCCUGAGUAUGAAAUACCUAAUGGAAGUGAAUCUCCCUGAUGAAAUGCAUGGAUUAACCUGCCAAGUGGUAAAAAUGACUGGAAUAGGAGAAGUAGAUUUCCUAACAUUUGAUCCCAUAGCUAAAAUGGCAAAAGCUGUCAAAUACGACAUAGAAGCUGUAGCUGUCAUUGUGGUUGUAUUGAAACUGCUCUUUUUAUUGGAUGACAAUUUAGAAUGGUCUUUGUCUGAUCUUGCUGAAAUACAUAAUGAAGAGAACAAGCAAGAUAAGCCAUGGUUUGAGUUCAGAAAGUGGUAUCAAGUCAUGAAGAAAGCCAUUGAUGAGAAAAGACAAAAAUGGGAGGAAACAAGAGCAAAGUACAUGUGGAAAAGUGAAAAACCACUCUACUACUCACACAUCGACAGACCAGUAGUAUAUAAAAGAAGAGAAAUGGUGGUAAAUCUACAAAAGCAAUUUAGUGCACUGGUUGAUUCAACACCAACUAUUGAAAAAAAAAGCCCUUCAAGUUUUCAGUUCAACUGGGCUAAAGAAGAUGCUGAUAGAACUUGUUUCCAUGGACAUAGCCUCCAGGGAAUCCUGAUAAAGAAAGGCCAGUCGCUGAUGACCAAGAAUUCAUUAUACUGGCUUAGUACCCAGAAAUUCUGUAGAAGGAGUUCACACCACAAGAAAAAUCAGGUCCCAGGCAGUUACCCUGCUGAGGUUCUGGGAUUUACAGAGGGGAUCCAAGCCGCCUCUUCCUCCCAGCUCAACCAAGCCAACUCCUCUCUACUCCAAAGUGAGGAUACUGGGACACAAGAAGUUAAAUGACUUGACCAGGGUCACAUAGGAAGCUACUAAAGAAGGACAAAUCCCAGGUAACUUGGCUGUAGAGUCUUUGAUUCCCAGUGCUGCCUCUCAGAGACUUCAGUCUUCCGUGAUGUCUGUUUGGAAUCUUGGGAUCCCCAGGGCUGGUCUGGGAAAACACUGGUGUUUAUGACUGGUGUACCUCCUCGUCAACCCCCAACGUGCCUCCACCCUAAACCUGUUCUUCCUCUGCGUUCCCUGCCUCUCCAUUACAGCACCACUCUCCUAAUGGCUCCAGCUGUAAAUCUCUAGCCCCUCCCUACUUGACACCCCAACUUCUCAUAAGUCUCAGAUCUGACACUUGGGCCCAGCGCCUCCCAUCAACACAGUCACUGCUGGCUCAGACCCUCUCACCUCUCUGGGGGAUUGCAAAACCUCUUUCCUCUCCAGGCAUUUGUCAUUCCUCAGCCAGUUAUUUUCCAAAAAUAGAUUUAAUAACACUGGGUUCAAAAUCCUCUGGUGGCUCCUCGUUGUCUACAGGCCCGAUGGCUUGGCCUGAGAGGUCAUCGGAUUGUGGCUCCUACACCAUUGUUCCUGUCUCCUUCCCUGCAUGCUUCCUCCAUCUCAGGCAAGCCAUGACAUCUCACACCCUGGGGCCCUUGCCGGGGCCAGAUUCGCUAUCAGGAAGGGCCUUCUCAGAGCAAGAUCGCUUAUUCUCCCUUAGGACCCUGCUCAGAUGCCAUCUCCUCCAUUUCUACCCUCCAUCUCGGCUCCUGCAGGCAGCGUCCCUGAUGUCCAGAGCAGCCUGAGAGCCGUGCUGGCGUCGGCUGUGUGCACACAGAUGGGGGCCACAGAGUGGCAGUGCAGCUUGACGCCCUCCAUGACUCCAAGGGCCCUGAAGACUGAGAUUUAAGAAACUUGAGAAAAAGGAAAAACAGUUCCCAUAGAUAAUAUAAAGCAACAUACCAAAGAAGCCUAUCUAGGACAUUUUCCACAUAGAAUUCAUAAAAAUGGGUUUUAUAUGGUUAAUUUCCAUGCACUCCCACAGCUCCUCAGAAAUUGCAGGAUUGCUCGAGCCUUAAGCAGAAUAUAUGCACUCUGCCUGGCCCUCCGAGGACUUCCUGAGUUGGUACCUCCCUUCUGCUGACCCCAAGAGCCUUAGAGCAGAGUGAGCUGGAGUUUCCUGGGGCUUUGAGAAGGUUUUGUUAAAGAAUUAAAGGUUAUCUCAUCAGUACUGCUCCACAAGCCCCCAGCCCACAGCAGUGCGGCCGGAGCUGCAGCCGGCUCACCAGCACCAGGCACCCCUGCUCCCAAGGGCAUCCUCGGGCUCUGCCACCUGCCCCCGCUUUUUCCCCCUCUUGAUACUUAUCACAGAAUUCUCUGGAUUUUUCCCAUCUCUUUUUUCAACCACUAGUUAUUUUUCCUAAGUGUCACCAACAAGAAUAACAUAAAAUUCAAUAACAUAAAAAUAACAAUAAAAUUCCAGAUAUUAGAAUUGUUAGCCUCAUGGUUGAGAAAAGACAGAUCAAAAAUGAGCACAAAAAUAUGGAAAUUUUAAAAAAGGACAUUGUCAGCUGGGGACAUCAACUGUAAACGCCAGGUUAGAGAAAUGUCAAUUUCAGGCAAGUGACUUAAUCCCUCUUUGCUUGUUUCCUACCUUUAAAUUGAGAUAAUCUCUCGUUUUAAAACAUGGAGAUACUCCAACAAUUUUAAAUGGAUGUUAUUUUAUAGCAAAAGUCUCUGACCCAUUCUUCUAAGAGUAAAACCCACAAAUGUGAGCCAGCAAGCCUCCCAUGGCCUCUUGACUCUUGUCUGGUGUUUUCUUAAAGUGGUAGUGAGCCUAAUGGCUACGCCCAAUUCAUUGUUAAUCAUGGGUAAGGGAGGUUUACUGGAGGUUAAGACAGUGCUGCUAAGCCUAGGGCUUUAUGUAGCUGUGUUGCAACUGCUGGUCCUUUGCUGGAAUGAUCGAUCUACAGUGAAGCCAUAGGAAAAGAAUGUGAGGUAUCUAGGCUCUGGUUGCUAGCAGGUGGGUGACGCCCAGUUCUACGCAGCUUCUGCCUCCAUUCACAAACAGGGAGAGCUGCUGGCUUCUUGGUGACCCAGUCUGGAUCAAGGCCCAGGUCCUUGACAAGACUCAGCUGAGACCACAGUCACCCUGGCAGUGGUAGACAGGCAUUGUGGUAAGGGACACAGCCUUCAUAUGCAUACUCAUGACUGUCACCAAAGACAUUUGAAAACAGUGUGUAUGGUUAGCAAAAAGUGGAGAGACAAUCCUGAGAGUCAAUGUGCCCUCUAAGCUUGAGCAUCUACUUAGAGAACACCUCAAUGCCAUCUUCCAAGCCAGACAUUAUCACAGGAAGCACUGGUCACAGCCUCCCAUGUUUAAUGGGUCCAGGUGUGUUACAAGGCCACAGUCUGAACCCAGGAUCUCAAGCAGGUAUACUCUCUUGUCUGCAGUCCUGCCAACUAGACAGAAAAAAAAAUUGGGAUUUAGAAACAAGAUGAAGAGGUUCAAGUCCCAACCUUACUUGUGAAGAGACUUUGAAUACAUCUUGUGGUCUCUCUGUACCUAGUUUCCCCCCGAUAUAAGAGGAGCAUAAUCCUGUCUGCUUUGAAGUGUUGUUUUCAGACUCAUAUGAGCUGGGGUAUGUGAUCCUGUCAAGACUGAAUACUACCGGAAGGUUAAUGUCACUAACCAUCCUGAGAAACAAUGUUCGUAGGUCCUUUACAAUAUAUGCUCUGUAUUAGAUGAUGAGGAUUUUUUUAAAAUGUGAGAUAACAUUCUUGUCCUUAUAUUAGAAUGAGGAAAAUGGGGGAGGUGGGAAAGUUUAGUAUUUACUGAGUCCCUGUUACGUGCCUGGCAUUGUUUGGGACACUUUUCAACAAAAAUUAAGAAAACCCUUAAUAAUAGGAAUUCUUAUCCCAUCGACCACAGUUGAGGAAAUUGAGGCUAGAGGUUAAGUAACUUUCUGAAGUCACAAGGCUGCAGGUUAGGGUGGAGAUCCUGCUCUCCUUUCCUCCGACACCCUUUCUCCACAGUGGAAAAACUUUCAUCUCACACCGACCAAAGCAUGAGACACAAUGGCUCUGGGGAACUGGGUGGGAUGGAACGUUGGCUAUCAGGGCACGGAGGCUCUGCCAUUAUCUUUUAACCACUUGGGAUGUCCCAUCCAUCAAGCUGAAGUCCUGAGUGUGAUGAGCCCUGCAAAUGGCUGUCAAGUGGCAAUGAGGUGGCAUCUAACCUGGAAGAAUGGACAGGUUCCUGCCCUGCUAACCUUUAGAGAAGAUGGGAGCCACCUGUCAAACAUGCACCUGCCCAGAAUUGUGUGAGGUCCUUUAAGUGCAUUCUCUUAAUUAACUUCACAACACUCGAUGCUAUUUUCCUCAUUUUCCAGAUGGGAAGACUGAGAACUGGCAGGGAUUUACGUGGCUCAGGAUAAAAACAAGAAGCCAGUCUCAAAG